AUGGAGAUAUUAUCAUCUAAAUUAAAUUGGUUAAUCAAUAUAAAGAAGCUCUUUUUAAAAGAGAAUGUGCUUGAUAUUUCAGAAUUGAUUAGUUCUUUGAAGGAAGGGAUUAUUACAGAUUAAAUUAAUUUCUAAGAUGAAUUAUUUUCAUUAGAUGAAGUUAUUGAAGAAGUUUAUAAAUAUAAGAAAAUUAGAUUAACAUAUGAUGAUUUCUUUUAAAUUAUUGGUAAUCUUCAUUAAUAGGAUCCAUAAUUAUCCACUUGUGUAAAUUCUUUGGCAGAUUCUAUUAAUGAUCUAACUUUGAAUGAUGUCAAAGUCAAAUAAGAAAUAAGGUUACCUUAUCACGAUCCUACAAAAUUAAUUAAGACUCAAUAAAGUUGUAGAAAUUCAAAAAUUUCUAAAAGUCCAAGGAUGAGAAUUGAAAAUCUUCAAGAGGCAUAGAAGAAGAUACUAGCUAAAAUAACUGAUAUAGAAAAUGAAAUAGAAUAUGUAUGAUUAUUUGACUAUUUAACGAAGUAGAAGUAGUAGCAUUAACUAAAGAAGCCACAUAUUUUAUAAAUAAAAGAAUUGACAAAAUAAUUACAAUUAAAUGAAUAGGAAAUAACUCUAAAUGGAAUAAGUGCUUUUUCUCUUUAAGACUUUUAUUUAGUUUUCCAUAACCUUAAUAAAACAAUUUUUAAUAUCUAAACUCUUAUAUUUAAUGAUAAAUGUUAAGAAAUCCGCGAAGUAACAAUGAUUUUUAAGAACUUGAAAGCUUUAAGCAUCAAUUCUAUAUAUUUAAAAGAAUUAAAGUUUGAAGAAUUAACAGAACUUAAGGUUUUAUCAGUUGUAGGAAAUAAUUUAAAAUCCUUAGAGGGAUUGCCGCCAAAUUUAAUUGAGCUUUAUGCACAACAUAACUAAAUUUCACAAUUAAGCAAUACAAAAAGCCUCAAAAUCUUAAAUAUAAGCUUAAAUUGUAUUUCUUCUUUACAGUAGUUGCUAAAUAUUAAUAAAUCAUUAGAGUUUAUAAAUUGUCAUUAAAACUAAUGUGCAUACUCUAAAGAUUAUAAAAGAUUUCUAUUCAAAAUAUUCCCAAAUUUAAAAGGAGUAGAUAAAGAUGAUUUGUUAUAGCAUUCAAUAAUUUAAUAGAACAAUUUUCAUUAAAAGAAAGAACCAAUGGAAUUUUCUUUUAGUUAAUCAUGA